AUGGCGGACAUCGUGAACCAUUACGCGGCCUUGGACAUAGAGGACGAGAACGCCGACGAGGCCGCGAUCAAGAAGGCGUACCGGAAGCUCGUGUUGAAGUGGCACCCCGAUAAGCAUCCAGAGAAUCGCGAUGAGGCCGAGGACAGAAUACGAAACAUCAACAAUGCCUACGAGGUCCUGAGCAAUCCGACGAAGCGGGCGACGUACGACCAGCAGAGGAAGGCCGUGACGCGCAAGAGCCAGGGCUUCGGGCCCCCACCUCCGGCGGGCUCCGCGCGGAAGCGCAUCGCGAAGGAGUUCAUGAUGAUGCCCCUCGGCUUUCCCGACAAGUUUGUGCGGUACCGCGGUCGCAACCUCUACGUGCACUCGCGCGGCGACGCGAAAGAGGUGGACUUCAAGACCUUCUUCGAGGACACGAAGUGGUCGUUGUGGUGGCUGCCCGAGGUCAACAACAUGUGCAGGGUGCGUGCGCUGGGCUCGAAGGCCUUCGGCGAGAAGAUGGGCGCGGCGGCGGGCCUCUGCGGAGGGCUGAACCUCUCGUUCUUCAUAGACCCCAACAACCCCACCGACUCGGAGGUGGUUCUCGAGGACGCGCGCAAGGGCGAGAAGGUCGACAGGGUGAAUUUCAUCGCCGUCACCAGCCCGGCCUACGAGGGCGCGUUCCGAUUCGAGGCCGCCUACCGGAAGGGCUACUUCCUGACCUUCCUGCCGCCCACGCACCUCCGCGUCAUCCCGUGGGAGGAGGGCUCCCAGGGUACGGUGGACUUUGCCCUCGUCGAUUUCGCCAUUAUGUUCCGCUUCAUUGAGAUGGAGGAUGGUUGCCGGUUGCGAGUCGCUGGUCCGCCGUCAUGUGGAUGA